AUGGAAGCCAUACACAAAGAAGUUCAAAGAGUCUUAGAGAAAGCACCUGGAACGGGUACGUUCAAAGCACCCAAAAAGCCAAGUACAUCCAGAUCGGCAAAGGUAGCAACGAGUGCUGAUGAAAGUGUGUUGGAUGCUUUGGAUCAUCUUUUGGAAUCACUUGAGGAAGCAAAACGAAGUACUUUACCUGCGCAAAUUUUAACCGCACAACUGCAACAAAAGGUGACAAAAUGCAGCAAGACGAUCAACGAUAAGCACAAGGAAUACUACAAUGCUUUAAGCAAAUUGGGAAAAGCACUCGAUAAGAAAUUCGUCAUUCCUAUAGAUGGAGUAGCCGACGCAAACUUAUUCCAGAAUGAAGAUGCACAAAGAGCACUCAAUCGAGUCAUCCGAGACCAUUUGGAGAGAAGCGGAGAGUGGGAAGUGGCACGCAUGUUCGAACAAGAGGCAAAGAUGAACAAAAUGGAUUCAUUCUUACCAUCUGGUACUUUUCAAAUGUUGCAUAAUAUCACCACAGAGAUCAAAAGGGGGGAACUCAGUCAAGCAAUUGCAUGGGCCACGCAAGAAUCCGACUUCUUGGCUGCUCGUAGAAGUCCUCUAGAAUUCAACCUACAUCGAAGCCGGUUCAUUCGAAUCGCACUCGGAAUGGAACGAUGGUCUCCCUCUUCAGGCGGAUAUGAAACAGAAGGGGAUGAAUUACACGAGAUACCCUCAACAUAUGCGGCAUUACGAUAUGGACAACAAUACCUCGUUUCAAGAAAAGGAGCGCGAUUAGAAGAGAUUCAAAAGCUGUUCACAUUUCUUCUUUUCCUUCAUGAUGUCAGAGAAGCAUUGCCAAGGGAGCUUUUGUUGGCACGUAUACCCGAACCAUAUCACAUCUUUCUCGAUGAGGAUGAAAUGCAUGGACAUUCACUUGCUCCAUUGUUUCAACGUGAAUUCACAGCAAGACAAGGUGUUGCACGAGAAGCGCCUUUGAAGGUUGCUGUUGAAGUUGGAGCAAGUGGUGCACUAAAUAUAAUUAUCAAAGUACGAACACUAAUGAAAGAAAAAGGUAACGAAUGGAGUCAAGCUGAUGAAUUACCGGUAGAGAUUCCACUUCCAGCCCAUUUACGAUUUCAUAGCAUCUUUGCUUGUCCUGUUUCCAAAGAGCAAGGAACGGAAGAGAAUCCACCGAUGAUGAUGCAAUGCGGACAUGUUGUCUGUCAAGAAUCUUUGACUAGACUUGGAAAAGGCACCGGACGAGUAAAGUGUCCUUAUUGUCCGAUCGAAUCAACUGUUUCGCAGGCAGAUCGGGUAUAUUUCUGA